CCAUGAGUGUGGGCAAUAGCAAGGAUUUUGGCUGACAAAACUUAGAAUUUUGCUUCUUACAUCAAUCUGGAUAUCAUGAAUAACUGCACCCUCUGACUUGAAAACCUACUGGUGAAACCUCCUAUUCCUCUCCAUCCACACAUGGUAGAAUCUUCUUACCCAGCCAAUGCAUUAGGCUUUGCCAAGAAUCAGUAAAAGGUCCACAUAAGAUCCAAGGAAUUGGCGCUGGUUUUAUCCCUGGUGUUUUGGAAGUUGGUCUUAUAUAUUGAUGAAGUUGUUCAGUUCUUUAAAUUUGCAUAUAUCAAGUGAUGAAGCAAUUGAAACUGCAAAGCUUCUUGCACUGAAGGAAGGCUUGCUUGUGGGAAUAUCAUCUGGUGCUGCUGCAGCAGCUGCUAUUAAAAUUGCCAAGAGACCUGAAAAUGCUGGAAAACUCAUUGUUGUGAUUUUCCCAAGCUUUGUAGAAAGGUAUCUGUCGUCAGUGCUCUUUGAAUCGGUCAGGAAAGAAGCCGAAAACAUGACCUUUGAGCCAUGAGCAAAUUUUCUUCUUUGCAAGUAGUUCUGGUUUUAUAGACAACAUGGCUUAGAUCUGAGAAUGAAUAAAUUUAUUGAGUUACUUUGAUCCGUGGCUCAAGUUCGGAAUUUACUUAUAGGAUAGCCAUUCUGGUACUGAAAAUGAACCAUUUACAAAUUUCCAAGGAUCUGUACUUUUUGUGUCAAUGUGUGCAAAUCAAUACGCCAAUUUUUAUUUGAAACAUUUACAUACUUCCAACACCUAGCUAUUCCUAAGCAUAGCUUUAUUAGUUGGCUAGCCAUUCUCAACCGCGUAACCACAAGAGCUAGGCAAAAGCAAUGGACGCCUACAAUUGCUGAAAUUUGCAUCUUGUGCAAUAGUAGUUCAGAGACAAAUGAACACUUAUUUUUUAA